GAUUUUCUUAAGUUAGAAAAAAGUGCUAGUGCUGGCACUCCGCCCUGCAGUGCUCGUGUCAUCUGAAGCUCAGAGCCCUGUGUUUUGUUUUAUAAAAUUGCACGUUCCUUUGUACUUUAAAGAUCAGCAAUUCUAAUGCAACGCUGGAUCCUUUAUUUUCCCAACAGGAUUUUCACCCGGGAUUUUCAUUUUCCGAAGAACAAAAAAUCUACCGGAUUCAGAAGUCCUGCAAAAAAAAAAAACCACACACACACAUGCUUAAAAGGAAUUGCUACCUCGGUAGUAAUUUGUAACGUUGUCAUCAAUCAAGUGAUAUAAGCUCUGAGCUACAGUGGCUUUGCAACAACCCUCUAAAUUCCACCAUCAGUCACUUUAAGAGUGGCGAGCUUUUCAGAAAGAAUAUCUAUACUCAGAGUGGAGAAGAUUCAGCCUUUUCAUUCAUUACUUAUUUUUUUUGGACUGCAGUCAUCUGGUAUUUCCUUCUAAAAUGCUUUGGAUCACGAUUUUACUUGCCGCGCUGACUUUUUGUGGAAAACUGUCAAUGUACAAUGGCUUAGAUUAUGAUUAUAGUUAUGAUUUUUAUGACGAAGAGAAAAGUGAGACGAUUGAUUACAAGGACCCUUGCAAAGCUGCUGUCUUUUGGGGAGACAUUGCCUUAGAUGAAGAAGACUUGAAAAUGAUUCAAAUCGAUAGAACAACUGACCUCACUCAGCACACAAAUGAAAGACUAGGUCACACAACAGGUGGCUUAGGGGAGCAUGUCCUAGCCAAGAAGAAAGGAUCACUUUAUCAGCUUAUAGACAGAAUAAGAAGAUUUGGUCAUGACAUUGGGAGAAAAAACACAACAAAUGAAACUGGGAGCACAAAAUCCUCCGGGAAAAGUAAGAAAAGCAGAGUCCCCAGAGCUGCAACUUCACGCGCUGAGAGAAUAUGGCCUGGAGGCGUCAUCCCAUUUGUUAUUGGAGGCAAUUUCACUGGCAGUCAGCGAGCUAUGUUCAAACAGGCCAUGCGACACUGGGAAAAACACACAUGUGUUACUUUCAUGGAGCGGACGGAUGAGGAAAGUUACAUUGUCUUCACAUACAGGCCUUGUGGGUGCUGCUCCUAUGUGGGAAGACGAGGAAACGGUCCUCAGGCCAUUUCCAUCGGCAAGAACUGCGAUAAGUUUGGAAUUGUUGUGCACGAACUGGGACAUGUGAUCGGGUUUUGGCAUGAACACACACGACCAGACCGAGAGGAUCAUGUAACCAUUAUUAGAGAAAACAUCCAACCUGGUCAGGAAUACAACUUCCUGAAGAUGGAACCUGGAGAAGUGAAUUCUCUUGGGGAACAAUAUGACUUUGACAGCAUUAUGCACUAUGCCAGGAACACCUUCUCAAGGGGCAUGUUUCUGGAUACUAUUCGUCCCUCCCGCGAUGAAAAUGGUAUAAGACCUGCCAUUGGCCAGAGAACACGAUUAAGUAAAGGAGACAUUGCACAGGCAAGGAAGCUGUAUAGAUGUCCAGCAUGUGGAGAAACACUACAGGAGUCAACUGGUAAUUUCUCAUCCCCUGGAUUCCCUAAUGGAUACCCCUCUUACACUCACUGUGUUUGGAGAAUCUCAGUUACCCCAGGAGAAAAGAUUGUCCUGAACUUCACAGUAAUGGAUCUUUACAAAAGCAGUUUGUGCUGGUAUGACUACAUAGAAGUCAGAGAUGGCUACUGGAGGAAAGCACCCUUACUUGGUAGAUUCUGUGGGGACAAAAUCCCUGCGGUUUUGACAUCUACAGAAAGUCGCAUGUGGAUAGAGUUCCGCAGUAGCAGUAACUGGGUGGGGAAAGGCUUUGCUGCUGUCUAUGAAGCCAUCUGCGGAGGUGAGAUCAGCAAAGACGAGGGCCAGAUUCAAUCCCCCAACUAUCCAGAUGACUACAGACCAAUGAAGGACUGUGUAUGGAAGAUAACAGUGUCAGAAAACUACAAUGUGGGAUUAAGCUUUCAGGCUUUUGAGAUCGAAAGGCAUGAUAACUGUGCCUAUGACUACCUGGAGGUGCGAGAUGGGAGCACAGAGAACAGCCCCCUGAUUGGCCGUUUUUGUGGCUAUGAUAAACCAGAUGAUAUCCGAUCUACCUCAAAUAACUUAUGGAUGAAAUUCAUUUCGGAUGGAACAGUCAACAAGGCUGGAUUUGCUGCAAAUUUCUUCAAAGAGGAAGACGAAUGUACCAAACCUGACAAUGGAGGGUGCGAACAGCGAUGCGUGAACACACUGGGUAGCUACAAGUGUGCCUGCGAUCCUGGCUAUGAACUUGCUCCAGACAAGAAGAGUUGUGAAGCUGCCUGUGGUGGUCUCCUGACCAAGCUGAAUGGAACUAUUACAACACCAGGCUGGCCCAAGGAAUACCCUCCCAAUAAGAACUGUGUGUGGCAAGUGGUUGCACCUACUCAGUACCGGAUCUCCAUGCAGUUUGAGUUUUUUGAACUUGAGGGAAAUGAAGUUUGCAAGUAUGAUUAUGUAGAAGUCCGCAGUGGCCUUUCCUCAGAUUCCAAACUGCAUGGAAAGUAUUGUGGAACAGAAGUGCCUGAAGUCAUCACGUCCCAGUACAACAACAUGAGAAUAGAGUUCAAAUCCGACAACACAGUAUCAAAGAAGGGCUUCAAGGCACAUUUCUUUUCAGACAAGGAUGAGUGCUCCAAGGACAAUGGCGGCUGUCAGCAUGACUGCAUCAACACUAUAGGGAGCUAUGUAUGUCAGUGCCGCAAUGGAUUUGUGCUACAUGAAAACAAACUUGACUGUAAAGAAGCUGAAUGUGAACACAGUGUCCACAGUCCCAGUGGAGUGAUCACCAGCCCCAACUGGCCAGACAAGUACCCAAGCCGUAAGGAAUGCACAUGGGCAGUUACAGCUACUCCUGGGCACCGUGUGAAAGUAUCUUUUAAUGAGUUUGAGAUCGAGCAGCAUCAGGAAUGCGCCUACGACCAUCUGGAAGUGUUUGACGGAGAGAGUGACAAAGCCGCAAUUCUGGGGCGGCUAUGUGGCAGCAAAAUACCAGAUCCUGUUAUCUCCACUGGCAACAAGAUGUAUCUCAGGUUCAUUUCAGAUGCCUCAGUACAAAGGAAGGGUUUUCAGGCCACCCACUCCACAGAAUGUGGAGGCAGGCUGAAAGCUGAAACCAGGCUAAAAGACUUGUAUUCACAUGCACAAUUUGGAGACAAUAACUACCCAGGACAGGUGGAUUGUGAGUGGAUGAUAACUGCAGAGAAGGGCUAUGGAAUAGAGCUGACCUUCCAGACGUUUGAGGUGGAAGAGGAAGCAGACUGUGGCUAUGAUUACAUUGAACUAUUCAAUGGUUAUGACAGCACAUCUCAGAGACUCGGACGGUUCUGUGGAUCAGGGCCACCUGAAGAAAUCUACACUGCAGGAGAUGCUGUGCUGCUUCACUUCCACUCCGACGACACGAUCAGCAAGAAAGGGUUCCAUGUACGAUACACAAGCACAAAGUUUCAAGAGGCUCUCCAUACAAAAAAAUAAUCUGGGAAUGUCAUCGCACAGAAACCUUUUUUUUUUUUUUUUUUUUUUUUUUAUAAAAAGAAACCAAAACAUUUUUCUAUUAUUGAAAAAAAAAAAAAAAGUCAGAAAAGGCAAAUUAAAACUUUUCAGUGCAGAAUGAAAGUUUUGUAUCCCAGUGGAGUAGACAAUAAAUAAGAUUUGUUCUGUGUUGGAGGUCAGUUGAGGACCUUGUGAAAGCAGCAUCCACCCACGCCAUAGACUGUACAGACUGUUAUCAGUGGCUGGCGUUUAUUGUGGAUGCCUGCAAAUUUAAAAUGGGAGGAAGUCGCCCAGGUGGACCAUGGUAAUUGGACAGGCGUUAUGUUGUUGUGAAAGAGAUACUUGAGGCCACUGUUAAAUUCGUACUUUCUUCACAGAUUACUGAGCAAAUGAAAGUGUUGAAGUGGUUUUGCUUGCUGUAAAACCAUACAUAUAUUUAUGGUGACGGAAACAUUACAGUUAUUUUAAAAUAAACCACUGAGGACUUUAUUUUGUUUUACUGUAUUUGUAAUAUUUCUUUAUUCCUCGCUAAAUAACUCGGUAAGCUUUUUCAGUACAGUCACAUAAAAGCUUUUUUUUCUUGUUUUUAUCACUAAAAUAAGCUGGAUUCCCGUUAAUGCUUACAGUUUACCAAGCUAUAGUUAAGUCUAUUAGUUUUAAAAGCAUACGCUGUAACUGAAAUUGCUUUAAAAUAAAGCUCAGCUGGUCUGACAAAGCAACAAGCAGUCAAAAACUGCAGGAUUUCUGUCUUUUAAAAAAAGUACUGUCUGUAAUAUCUGAAUUGCCAUUCCUCAAUGAUUAGAGAGUUACAGAUGCUUCAUCAAGUAGAGCUGCAAUGCUACCUUGUGUCAAACAGGUGGUACUUCAGCCAAAACAAAGUAUAUCUGUUAGCACUCUCUACUGUUGCAAACAGUGUUGCACCUCAGCAUUUAUUUUAUUCAGAGAUUCACACUAAAGUUGAUUCUGUUUUUGGCAUCUGAAUUUUUUUGUUCAACUGCUUUAAGCCAAAAUAAUGUGUUUGUGCUUUGAAUGAACAGCAUAGAACCAAGGUAAAGAAAUAUAACAAUGUAAUACUGGUGAUCUUGAAUUUAAGCUUUUGGUAUAUUCAGACUUGUUUACUGUAAACAACUUAUACAUACUUGACUUAUACAUCUCAAAACUGGUAUUUCUGUCUUAACUGAUUACAGUGUGCGUGUGUAUGCAUGAAUGUGUGUACAUGUAUGUGUAUGUGCGUGUGAUGCUGUCUAUGUCAUUCUUAGGGCUUUUGUGCAAAUGUCCACCUAAAAAAAAAAAAAAACAUCAACUGUGAAGCCUUGCAUAUCGUUGUAUAAGUGUUUGUUUAAUAUCAAAUUGUUCUACCAUAGUAUUGUGCUCUUGUUCUGCACUUAAAUUAUAAAGGAAAUUAAUUUCUAAGCAUCUCUAAGCUGUUAUAGCAAAGGCCCUGUUAAGCUAGCAAGGAAUCAGAUCUUUUAAUCACCAAACCACCAAAACGUAGUCAACACAGCUGUGCAUUGAGCAGUUAUAAGUGAAUAUCCCAUAGUUAUAGUUGAGGAAUUGUCUACAUUGAUAUGAAUGGUAAAUGGACAAGCCACCCCUUGGAUGUUUUUGUUCUGAUUCUAGACUAGUGAAUAGAACAGUUUAGGGAAUAUGAAACCAAGUCUCUGGAAGCAAGACAGUUACUGUUGAAGGGAUUUCUUACGGUGCUAUUCCAUGUAUAAAUAACCUUUUGGAUUUAAUGAGCCAAGAAACUGCAGAAACAUGUAUGAAUGUUGAACUAUGUCUGGCUGCAACUGAAGAACAAAGACUAAUAACGUCAUUGCAUUGACAGUGCUAGUCCUGUGGAACAACAACUAUUGCCUUAGAACAAAAAUGUAUAUUCUUGCACAUAAUCUUUCUGUAGAUAUUUAUGUUUUGUUUUUGCUUUUCAGUUUAAGAACUUGAAGAUUUUAUUGUAAAAAAAAAAAAAAAAAAAAAAAAAGUCUUUCUAGUGUAUAUUGUGGCAGAAGGUGGUAUUUUAACAAAUAACCAUUAAUGUAUGUUAUGUAAACAGGGCCAUAUCCCAGCUUUAGUCAAGGUGUAUAUGCAUUGUGUGUUAUAAGGGGGGGUGAGGGUAAAAUGAAUUUAUGUGGUAUGGUCAAACAGUUAAGUUGUUACUGUAUGUGCCAAGUUCCAUUUGAACCUGUUCACUGUAGUUUGUGUUGUUUUCUGAUGUUUGUAGACUGGUAUUAGUGGCUUUUAAAGUCAUUAAAACCUGUGUCAGGUUGAUAUUAAAUAUUUAUGUGUCGCUGAAAAAAAUUCUUGAAUCUCAGCUGCAUCUUAUUACAAAAGUUUUCAACCUGUAAUUUACCAAAUGGCUGAAUGUAUUUGUGGUUUGACUAGACUAUUAUAGGUUGAGUGCUGCUCAUCCUAAAUUCACCUUUUGGCCAAUUGUCCAGAGGUAGGUUUUUAUUAAAUACAGCAUAGGGGUAAACACUGACAACAGUGAGAUAAAAUAAUAACUUAACUGUGUUGUCACUGGUGACUGUAGUAUUGCUUAUUUGGUAGCUCCGUGCUUACAGAUGUGGUGGUUAUCCACUAAUGCAACUUGAGACACCAUGAAGUGAGCACAAAUUUUAUAACAUAAGUUAACCAAUAUAUUAUUAAUCCAAUCAUGUGCAUUCUAGUGAACAACAGUUAUAAGAACUAUAUACAAUAAUAUGUGUUGUACUUGUUUCACCAAAUGAUGACUGUCGUAACAAAACCUGCUGAAUGCUGUUCUGUGUUUGUAUUGAAAAAAGCCCAUAGAGCAAGCACUUAGUCAGGGCCUCCGGAUAAAAUUAUAAUGAGCUCACAUCCAAGGAUUAAACUGAAAGGCUUUGUGCAGGUUGUUUUAGAUACCCAGACUCUUUUAAGUUAGUGGUACUAAGUUAAGAAGGGGAUCAGAAGAGUAAUACUAACUUAUAACUAUAAAUAUUGUCUGGACCUUUGUAAGUUUAGGGUUAAGGUAGGGGUCAAGCAAUCCAAAAAAAAAAAAGUCUGGUAAGAAAAUUGGCAUAGCAUUAUAGAUACAAUAUAUUCCAAAAUCUGCAUGCAUCCUGAUAAACUGGUGAAAAUAAAUUAACUUGUUUUAUAGUCUAAUGUUAUAUAAAUGUGUUACCACCAGGGAGCACUGAUGUUCAUUUAAUGAAAUACUUUUCAUGCAGGCUUUGUUUUGUCACGUGACUGUUUCUUAAUAUAUUUAAAACCUCUGUUUUAAGGAGGAUAUAUUACUUAGAACUCCAGUCUUCAUUGGAAUCUAAGGCAGAGCAGAGAACUUAUAUGGUCUAUUCUAAUGCAGGUUUAAUUUCUUUUUUCUUUUUUUUUUUUAAAUUAUUGCUCCAAGUAGAUUUGUAAUUU